GGCGGGAUAUGUACAAUAUUACAUCCAAGCACAUUUGACGCACGACGUGCUAAGACUAUCUGUCAUGUGUCUAUACCAUUAUCUUCCGACGAUUUCAUUUGCCUCGCUGCCCGCGAAUCCACUCCCAGAGGUCACCGAAAAAAGGUUCCGCGCAGCAAUAAUGCAUGAGCAACAAUCGAAUCUAGGGUCCGGAUAUAACGAUUUCGAAUUUGCAUCCGAGGUCCGAGAUCGGGCUCGGGCUCAGCGCGGGAAUCUUCUAUUUUUUCGGCACCGGGACCGAGUCUGUCGGAAAGAAAUGGAUAAUCGGUUCUCCAGCAAAGGACUCCGCCAACGCAUGGUUCUUGAACGCCAUGUAUCGUACAGGUAUGACUCUCUCCACGGCGUCCGGGUCAGAGUACCUUUCCCACGAGGCGAACGUAUCUCCAUAUCUCACACAUUCAAUAUGCAAGAACCCCGGUACUUUGCCUUCCUUCGCCCGGCGCAACAAGUCAGCCACGUCAUUCGCCAUGUACGUCUCCACCGCGUCUGAGAACUCGGGUUUGAUGUUGAAAAUGGUGAGAGAAGUGACGGGACCUGAGAUAUCUCUGUACGAAGCCGCCAUACUAGCUUCUCCGUAACAAAAAGGAUGAGGAGCAGAACCGGCGAUGUUUAGGCUCUUCUCUUAUACCUGGCCACUCCUCAAGUAAAUUGGAGAAAGACCGAGAAGAGUGAAAAGUACGCAAGAAAAAAUGGAAAGACCGCGGAUGCAUGAGUUUUAUAGUCUCCGAAUUUGAAGGGAAGACCAGGAUGGUCAAGCGAGAGGCGUGGCUUACGGCAAAACGGGCACGACGGAAAAGCAUGAAACCACUCAUUGAAGUGUUAGACGGGGCUGUCGCAAGCCAUACAUACUCGCACUCCUGAGCCCAAGGGUGGUGAAACGCGCACUUUGGUACGGUACUGAGAUGGCCACUCCAGCUCUGCAUAGCAAUCAACCUUGCCAACAAGCGUCA